GCUGUGUCGGUUGCUGGAAGAACACUCACAGGUGUGGAAAGAAAGGACUUGCCUCCGACCUGGGCUUCUAGGGACCUUUCUCUCGACUGGGAAGGAUUUUGAUGUUAAUUGGAAAUACCUUCAAAAGAUUCAAGAAGCUGUGAAAUAAGUCUGUGAAGGACCAGCAUGGGAAUCCUAUACUCUGAGCCCAUCUGCCAGGCGGCCUAUCAGAAUGACUUCGGUCAAGUGUGGCAGUGGGUGAGGGAAGACGGCAACUGUAUCAACAUUCAAGAUGGCUUUAAUGGAGACACCCCCCUGAUCUGCGCUUGCAGGCGAGGGCACCUGAGAAUCGUGUCCUUCCUUCUGAGACGAAAUGCUGAUGUGAACCUCAAAAACCAGAAACAGAGAACCUGCUUGCAUUAUGCUGUGAAGAAAAGAUUUACCUUCUUUGAUUAUCUACUCAUUAUCCUCUUAAUGCCUGUCCUGCUUAUUGGCUAUUUCCUCAUGGUAUCAAAGACAAAGCAGAAUGAGUCUCUUGUACGAAUGCUACUUAACGCUGGUGCCGAAGUUAAUGCUACAGAUUGUUAUGGCUGCACUGCGCUACAUUAUGCCUGCGAAAUGAAAAACCAGACUCUUGUCCCUCUGCUCCUGGCGGCCCAUGCAGACCCCAUGAUAAAGAAUAAGCAUGGUGAGAGUUCCAUGGAUAUUGCACGGAGAUUAAAAUUUUCCCAGAUUGAAUUACUGCUAAGGAAAGUGUCAUAAUCGUUAUGAUUGCAUAUGAAGAAGUACAAAAAGGACUGGAUUCUAUUUCCAUCUUGGACUGUUGGUCUGUGGACCACUCAAUCUGGAGGUCACCAUGGUAUGAGGAUAACUAUGAUUGCCAUGGGUAAUGUUUGGAAGAGCUUUGUAUUUCUAAUGUUUUUUUGCUCAGUGGUGUUCACUGUUGUGGUCAAAAUCCUUCUAGCGGAAACACUAAAGCUGUCAGAUUCUCCACUUCAGUCAAAAAAAAGUGAUGUUUCAAACUCAGUCUCUCUCCUGAAGGAGAGGAUCAGCGUUGUCCAUGUUAUCUGUUUUCAGUUGUGUUGCUCUUAUAAAGAGGCUGACCCGUUCAUAUCCUGUCCCAGGAGAAAAACUGUUCUUCUGAGGCUCCUUUGAGUAGUAAGAGGAAGAAUCAAAGCAUGCACAUUUGUACAGAUUGUGUGUGUAUGUGUGCCGGUUUAGAGAUUCGUAUAUAAAUAUACCAGCUUCAACAAAAUCGUCUAUCAGUUGUCACCACAGAUAUUGGCAAACGCUACAAUUCAGAGCCUUGUUUUCAUUUCCAAGGAGCCAGUGUACCCGCAUACCACUAGAUGUUUUGCUAUCAAUUUACAAAUAAGAGCCGUCUUGAUUUUGAAAAAGAUUAUGUAACUAUCAAGUUGUUUAUUGAAAAACAGCUUUAUGAUUCUCUUGUGAAUGCAAGGCAGUUAUUAAUCUUGUUAGUACUGUUUAUUUUUUAUUCAUAAAAUUAAAACUAUUAUUGUAAAUUAUUUGCAUAAAGUAAUUCUUUACAAGAAAUGGAGCUAUAUGAUGAGGUAGUGUCUGGAUUAUACUUCUAGAGGAGAGAUUGUGAAUAUCAAUAUAUAUCUCCCAAGUCCUUUGUCAGUGACACAGAGCAGAAAUAAGCACAUUUAAAAAUGACUGAGGGCUUCCCUGGUGGCUCAGUGGUUAAGAAUCCACCUGCCAAUGCAGGCGACACAGGUUCGAGCCCUGGUCUGGAAGAUCCCACAUGCCGCGGAGCAACUAAGUCCAUGCGCCACAACUACUGAGCCUGCACUCUACAGCUCAUGAGCCACAACUACUGAAGCCUGCGCAUCUAGAGCCCGUGCUCCACAACAAGAGAAGCCACCACAAUGAGAAGCCCGCGCACCGCAAUGAAGAGUAGCCCCUACUCCCCGCAACUAGAGAAAGCCCGCGUGCAGCAACGAAGACCCAAUGCAGCCAAAAAUAACCAAAUAAAUUUAUUAAAAAAAGGAAAAUGACUGAAUUUUGCAAAGCAAGACUGAAUCAUGAAUAUUUUUAGACACGGACUAAGCCACACCGUGUAGUAACAAAUAUUGUCUAAGAAUGAAAGAUUUACCAUCCUUGAACAGAACAAAGGUCUAAUAAAAAUCAAAUCCAGGAAUAUUUAUUGAACUAUGCACAGUGCCUUAAGGCACAUAUUUUGUGAGGGAAGUAGUUGUAUGUAGAUAUAGAUUCUGAAGCCCUUAAAUGUCUCUUUCUACAUUAUUUAAGUUCCAUUCACAUUGAGCUGAGUUAUCAGGUGACUGAGGAUUGAAAAAAUAAAGCAAGUGAAACUCAUACAACAGUAUACCUUCAACACAUUGCCAGUAUACCUUCAGUUUGGUGUCAGAGCUUCUCAAAAUUACUAUGCCAUGUAAUUUAUAAGUGUUGUCUUUGAAACUGUGUGAAAAUUGGACAAUUUUCUAAAGAAAUAAAUCCAGAUUUAUAAAUGAGUUGGGUGAUUGUCUAAUAGUACCUUUGUCAAGAUCAAAGCAUAAUGUUUUAUUAUGCUCAUGACAUUUUAAAACUUUCU